GGGGAAUUUGCGCACUCGUCAACCCAACAUGGCUGACCUUGUGCGGUGGUCCGUUCCAUAUCGGCCGUCAACUAUGACGUUUUUCCUCUAGGUUCACCGGGAAGAAAACAAUCUGAUGAGUUUCGGAACGUAGGUAGAGCGACGCUAAAUAUGUCGCUGGGAGCCUUAGGAUGGGUGGGGCUGGCCAUAGUUCUUUUCUGGUCAACAUUUGGAUUUUGGGCCUGCUUUUUACUCCCACUCUGCAUUUUCGUAACUAUAUUAGGCAUCAUAUUUAUGGGCUACCUGAUGGAGUACCAGCAGCAGCUAGAGCCAUCUUAUGACCCUGUUCCGCCACACAUUCCUGAAAACCACUGCAUCAAAGGCCUGCCCCAAAUCACAACAGCCAUUCUAAAGCCCCCUAAGAAGACUCGUUACGUGCGGUAUUUGACUGGGCAUCCAGCCAUAGAUGACCCAUUAUCAGAGGUUCUGAACUACAUUCUCCGUGACUACGUGUACAAUUGGUAUCUUGACCUCUCAAAUGAUGAGGCUUUCACGGACCACAUUCGAGAUCUUGUUCAUCAAGUGAUUGUCAAUCUAUCAAUGAGGGCCAAAGGUGUGGACUGGGUCCAGUACCUCACCAUUCAACUAGUCGAUGAUUUUGCAUCCCAUCUGCGUCUCUUUCGCCAAGCGCAGUCUAGGCUAAAGCAUAAGAAAGAUGAUGAUUUUGGAGGAAAAAGCCCAGAUUUGCUUACGUUGUUCUUCAGUUUAGAAACCACCAUGGAGCGUAGCAUGUGCCGUGAUCUAGUCUGCAUUUCUAAAGAGCGGGAAUUGGAGUACCUCCAACAAGUCGGAGAAGUGCUUCUUUACUUGGUUUUGCCGCCAGAAGAUUUCCAAAACAAAGUCAUGAGGAUAUUCCUAAGAGAGCUUCUUGUAAACACAGUGCUGCUGCCUGUGAUAGACCUUGUCUCAGACCCCGACUAUGUAAAUCAAACCAUUGUCUGGAUGUGUUCCAACAACAUUCCCACAAGUGAUGAGUUCCUGACUGUAUUGAAGUGCACUGACAACAUAAGUGAGCUGGAAGCUGUCAAAGAAAUUGUCCUCCAGGAAAUUGCCAUACAACGCUCAAAAGACACUGGAGGCAAUGACGAUACUGUGAUCAAAAAGCAACUGAACAGCUUGCACUAUGUGAAAAAGGUUGUGGAGAACAGGCUUCAGCGUCUCUACGAUGGAAGCCUCGACACUGAUUCCACCGGUCUACCUUCCCAAAUUGACUGGAAGAAGCUGACUGCUCCAGGAGUGGAGUUAUUCCAAUUGCCAUUCGAUGUUGUCCUGGCCAACAACAUUGCAUUAUCAUACUUCAUGGAGUACAUGACCAGUAUUGGAGCGCAAAAAUACAUUUCAUUUUACCUUCAUGCUGAGGGUUUCAAAGUGUCAGCGGAACAGCUUCUAAGCCAAGCCCAUACUGAAGACAGAAACACAAGUCUUGAAUCUCUCAGGGAAGCUGCAGCUAACAUUUACGACACAUACAUCUCCGAAACGGCUUCAUCGAGGAUAAACAUUGAUGAAGUACUGGCUAAGAAGCUGCUUCGCAAGCUCCGAGUUGAGACGCCAGAUGAGUUCUGGUUUGAUGACAUCCAGCAGAAGGUGGCUCAGAUUAUGCAGGAGGAGCAGCACUUUCCUAGUUUCAUGAAGUCCGAGGGCUACAUCAAGUUGCUAGCCGAGCUCGACCUCCUGAAGGAUUUCGGGUCCAAGUCGGAUGAAGAAGAUUCCUUCAGUGGAGCCAAGUCCGCAGGGAGUGGGGAUGACUGUGGCAGCCUCAACUCCCUGGAACCGGAGGAAGAGCCCAUCGAAUUUCUCAACAAAGAGAUGCCUUCGGCACCGCCCGAUCCAGCCGCCAACAACAAGACAGCGGAGUUCCUGCUGAUCGCCAGCAUAUACAACACAGGAAUAGUGCGGGAGUCCAGCACGACGUAUGCUCUUUACGCAAUAUCCGUGACACGCCGUGAGCCGCAGAGCACGGAGGAGCGUUGGUGCGUCUUCAGGAGGUACAGCGACUUUGACGACUUCCAUAUCCUUGUCUUGGAAAAGUUUCCAAAGUUGUCUAAGUUGCCUUUCCCUGGGAAGAAGACCUUCAACAACCUGAGCCGUCAGUUCUUGGAGCAGCGGCGAUCUCAGCUCAACGAAUUUCUGCAGCAGAUCCUGCAGCCUGAUGUCCUAACGGCUUAUCCGGGUCUGCGUGACAUGGUGUUGCAUUUCCUUGAGCCAGGCACCUACGAGAAGGGAAAGAAGCAGUUCGCAAGAACAAUGGGCUCUCUAGUCAAUCCACUCAAGUCGUCGGUGCGAAGCAUGGGCACGAUGGUGAAAAACGCCCCCGAGAACCUGCUCGAUGGUCUGCGCGACAGCAUCGUGAAGGUAUUGCGCAGUCGACCCACGGCUUCACCCGUAGACGUCAUCCAGGGCAGCGAGAAAGUGGGCGCUGGCAUCGACGUUGAGACACAAGACAACAUUCCUCUGAGAAUCAUGCUGCUGCUUAUGGACGAAGUGUUCGAUCUAAAAAGCAAGAACCAAUGGCUUAGGCGGCGAAUUGUGGUCAUCCUUAGGCAGAUAGUCAAAGCCACGUUUGGAGACACUAUAAACAGAAAAAUUGUUGACUAUGUGGAAUGGAUGGCAUCAACUGAAAAAAUCGCGGAAUACAUCACGGCAUUCAAGGACGCCCUGUGGCCAAAUGGCUUUCCAGCUGAGACGCGUCCAGAGAGGGACCAGAACACCAAAAUGAGAACCAGGGUGGCAGCCAAGAUGAUCAUGCUGUGUAGCCUUACUGACGAGCUGAAGCACAUCAUCGGGAGCGACACGACUCGACGAGGCAUGCUGUGCGUGUUUGAGAUGUUCCAGCAUGCGCCACUCAAUCGGAGGCUCACCUAUGUCCUGCUGGAGGGCUUCCUCGCCACCCUGUUCCCCAACAACCGCUUCACCGAGCUGUUCCGCAAGAUGCACGCCGAGUCGCCCACCAUAUCGACCACCUCUCUGUCUUCCACUUCCAGCAGAGACGUCAUAAGCAUCGGCGCCAGGCGCAUCGAGGUGCGGUGACGUCCGCCCCGCGUCACCGCACGUCGCUCGACGGCAUUAGUUGUUAUUCCCUUCGACCCUCGUUCCUUCGAAAGCUCCCUUCCCCUCAAUCCAUAUCUCUCUCGCUCAUUUCAUAUCUCCCUCUUUUUUUUUUCCUUCUGAUGCAACAACCAACUCGGCGAGCGGGGAAGCAGUGAUUACCCUGCUGCACGAACUUGGAUUGCAUUUUGUGAUAGCUCGCGUGCAUCUUUUGCCGUGAGCCUUAAGUAUGAAUCCGCCUAGGAGCGAGAUCUUGCCUUCGUUCUUACGAUGCUGCAGAAUGACAAACGCGCUUGGCACUUCGUUGUCUCGCAAAACAUUGGCAAUAGUAUAGUCACGGACAUUGCUGGAUCUGUGAAACUGUCAAGAGUCAGCAGUGAUGCAGCACUACUAAUUUUUUUUGUUUUAUUUUUUGGACACUUAAAAAUAUAAACCGCAGUUCUCUCGUUUAUUUUUUUCCCCGUGACAAUGUAAGACCAACUUAUAUCGCGAAAUCCUGUUACGCGACGGGCCCCCAAGACUUUGGCAUGUUCCAGAACCUGAUGGGUUCUGCAAGGACAGUGCGUACGUUUUUCCUUAUACCAAAGUUUUUUAUCCUACUAUCAGAGUUUCUCUCUUUCUUUUUUUUAAGCAUUGUUUACACUGUUGCUGCUCUCUUUGUUCAUAUGUUAAAUAGUUUAACUGCUAAUCUGGAGCGUGUUGUAUAAACCUAGCUAUGUGCAGCUCCUUUUGGUCCCAAGGUGAUAUUUUGGAGGAAACCUGGCUUCGACGUGUCUGUCAUCACUGUGUCAGGUUUGUCGCAUAAUGCAUGCAUGUUUUUAUCAUUCAGGCACUGUACAGUUAUUCUGCACCACCCCCUCCCCACCUAUCCUUUCUUCUUGGCAUGGUUUUAUCACCUUUCAGUUGUGCAUCCCAUGUUCCAGAUAAUCGUUUUUGCGACCGGUGUUUGGGAGUGCGAAUACUCUCAGAACGCGAAAUUUGCUGUAUUAUACAUUAUAUAUAUAUA